CUCAUCAGCCUCUUUCCGUCUUGGAUCGAAACCCUCAUCGCCGUUUACGCGGCACACCGUUUGUCAAUUCUUCCCAUCACCACCACCUCGAUUUGCGUGUUAUUCACGAAGCCCCACAACACGACGACUGACCCCUCUGGAAGCAAAACCUUCUCUCUCUCUCUCUCUCUCUCUCUCUCUCUAUAUAUAUAUAUAAAACCCCCUUCACACCCCCAUCUCCUUUUCACUCUCUAUCCACAGUUUGCAAUGGCGUCAGGGGUGAUGCACAGAUCUCUUCCGUUUUCUUCCUUUCUGGGGUUCUCUCUCCUGUUGGUGUUCUUCUUCCUCAGUUGCUCUUCCUGGAGGAUGGUUGAUGGGUAUGGUGGAAUGCCAGGAGGAAGGAAAGAGGUUAAGGAUGUGAAGAACAAUAAGGAGGUUCAGGACCUGGGGAGAUUCUCUGUUAUGGAAUACAACAAGAAUCCAAGCCAUUAUCGGCAAGGGCAAGGAGCACAAGGCCCUCUGGAGUUCAAGGAAGUCGUGAAGGCGCAGACACAGGUGGUUGCAGGGUUAAAGUAUUACCUCACCAUCUCUGUUUCUCAGGGCGGAGUUCCCAAGACAUACGAUGCUGUUGUGGUUGUGAAGCCUUGGGUUCAUCAGUCCAAGCAACUCCUCACCUUCACCCCUUCCACUAAUUGAAGAAGACAUGCUUUAUCCGUCUCUGUAAAUCUAAAAUCGGCUUCUUCUGUCGGAGACGAUUUUGAGUUUGGUUACCUUUCAGAGUAUUCCAAUUUAGUAAUGGUUGUAACUUUGUUACUUUGGUACUUUGUUCAUGUCAAAAACUGAGUUCGGUAAGAUUCGCCUUCCUCAUUAAUCCAUUACUGUUCUUGCUUCCA